AUGUUGGCCGUCAUUCGAAAUCUCGUCUCCACAAAAACUACGUUUGAUCUGAAGACAUUCUUGUACUAUUUCGAGGACAUACCGGUCGACAGGAACAUUUCACUAGCGCAGGUUUACGAGUUUUGGUUCACGAAUGGUGGAUUUCCCGCUCUGAAAGUCUCGAGUGCGGCACUCGGCUUCGAGCUCGACCAGCUCGGACAGUUCCCGUGGCCACUUAGACUCACGUCUACAGAGUCACUGCCACCAUUUCUUUUUGCACAGAGCCUCAUGCUCCCUCCGAAGAACCCUCACACACUGGUCAAUGUUAAUUUUACAUCGUUCAUGAGGGUGAAUUACGACUCCACAACCUGGAUCAAUAUAUUCAGUCAUUUGGACGAACAUCCUGAACAGUUCUCAGCAGUUGGUCGUGCUCAACUAGUAAGUGACUUUUGCUACUUCUACGCUCAUGACGAAGUCGACAGCGGUGCUGCAAUAAAGGAACUCGUGAUCGAUACA